UUUGCAUUGUUAUCAAUGAAAGUGAACGCUUCCAAUCAGGUCACCUCAUCCCGUCUCAGCUCCCCGACCCAAGAAAACCAUCGGAUGAUUUGCAUAUAUUGAGAAAUCGAGUAUCAAUGCAAGAAGAAUUGAGCUCAAUCUACGAUCGUCUACUCUGGUCUCUGUUCAUAGGCAACCAUGCUUCCUGAAAGCAAUAGUCAUAGUAGAAAACUUUCUAACACAAAAUCGUGUGCUAUCCUCCUCUCAACUCCAUCUUAUCCAAAGUCAGAGGCCCAAAAUCACCAAUUCAACCCUAUCCUCUUUCUCAACGCCUUUCUCGCCAUAUUCGCUGGUACUGGUGGUGACCCGAGUUCCUGCAAUAUCUGCAGAACCUGCGGCAUAGUCAACGCCUUCAACUCUGGGAUAUUCGCCGGGAAAUUAGGUAUCGGCUGGCCGGUGUUUCUAUUGACGAGAGGAUCGAGUCUCGCCCUAGUCUGGGAGCGCGCGAUGAUCGAGAUUGUUGUUCAUUUCAAGGAGCAAAUCGUUUGCUUGUGUAAGAUUAUAAAGAGCCAUUUCACCAAUAGCAGAGUCGUGGCCGUCAUUGAUCUGAACGAAAAAGCGCUCUCUCCAACGUCACUGGUUUGUUGGGUAUUGCCUGAUGCUUUAGACGCAUCCGUAGCAUCAGCCAUUUUGAUAUUGGAUUUAUUCGUGGUUUUGGUCUUGUACGACAAUUGGACUUGGACAAACGCAUGUACUGUUCGAGAAGUGGUUUUCACAAAGGUCGACCCGAGCCGAGGCAACACAUAACGUGCCACCGAAAGCAAUAAAAUCCUUACAAUUAUUUAUCUUUUCGAGUCUCCAACGGCGCGCUACUUUUCAGGGUUGGCCUAAUUAUGUUGGCGUUUUGAGGCUUCUUUAGCA